AUGCUACUUCUCAGCUCGCUCCUGCUGCUCUCCCUCACCAACGCCUUCUCCCUCGAUACGAAUUCCGAAUACUGGUCGUACACCACCGGCGCCCUCGCGAAUACCACCUCCCAAGCGUGCAAGAAAGCCUACAGCGCCGAAAUCGCAUGCGACGAGUACCUCGUUGCCCUCGUCUCCGCAGGCGAAACCCGCGCCUUUCUCCCGUACAUGGAGUUCUCCAACUUCACAGACACAUGCACGAAAACCUGCCACGACUCGUUGACGAGCUAUAUCCACAACGUCGAAGGAAAGUGCUCAGAGGAUACCGAUGCGGCGCUCAAGGGCGUUGGAAAAUGGGGAGAAAUGGAGUUCAAGAAUAUUCCUGUCGUCACAGUGGGGAGGAUUUUCGAGUACAUGCUCAUGCGGUCUUGCGCAGAGGACGAGAACGGCGAGAACUGCUACAUCACCCAAUCCUCCGUCAUCCCCAUCACAUUCGACUGCUCCUGGUCCUGCGCCAUCGCAUACCGGUAUAACCAGCACGAGUACCCAUACAGCGAGUGGGCGUUUGGAAACGAAUACGCCGCGGACGUCUACUACGGCAAGAACGGGCGAAGCACGGUGACUGAUAAAUACCGCAACAUCCUUACCCAGCACGCCGUCCUCCAGGGACAAAUGGAUACGGCGUGGAACACGGCAAGCGAGUGUCUAGCUGGGAAUGGAACGUUCAAGACAGGGAUCAAGGGCGUUGAGAUUGGAGCGGAUGCCGAUGCAGCUGUGAAGGCUGCUAGUACAGCUGAAAGCAGUGCCGAUAAUACGAGCGAGAGCUCAGACGCCAGUGGAGCGUCGUCGAAUGGGACGUCCUCCACCUCAACGGGUCCUGAGGAUGGCGCUGCAGCGAACGUUCGGGUUGUCGGGUGGGUUACUCUUCUUGACUUCGUGCUGAGUCUUGCUUUCUUGGUAUAA